AUACCAUCAGAUAUUUAUCUCUCCAUGACAAUAAAUACAUCAGAUAUUUCCCAGGGCACACAAAAAAGGUGGUUACCUUAUGUAUGUCACCAAUAGAUGAUGCAUUCAUUUCUGGCUCUAUGGACAAAACCAUACGGCUUUGGGACCUACGUUCACAGAACUGUCAGGGCUUGAUGCAUUUGUCAGGUCGACCUGUGGCAGCGUUUGAUCCAGAAGGUCUCAUCUUUGCAGCAGGUGUUAACUCUGAGAGUGUCAAGCUGUAUGAUUUGAGGUCAUUCGACAAGGGCCCGUUUGCAACAUUUAAGCUUCCACAGGAUAAGGAAUGUGACUGGACAGGCUUGAAGUUUAGUCCAGAUGGCAAAAUGAUUCUCAUUUCUACAAAUGGCAAUGUUAUUCGGCUUAUUGAUGCCUUUCAAGGCAAUCCGCUACAAGCAUUCAUGGGAUUUACAAAUCAUAAAGGCAUUCCUCUGGAGGCUUCCUUCACACCAGAUGCUAGAUAUGUCUUCUCAGGAUCAACAGAUGGCAAAGUUCAUUGCUGGAGUACAGAGUCUGGUGUUAAAAUGGCCAUUCUUCAGUCAGAUCAUCCAGGUCCCAUUCAGUGUAUUCAGUUCAAUCCCAAAUAUAUGAUGAUGGCAUCAGCCUGCCAGAAUAUGGCUUUCUGGCAACCUGCUGUUGAUGACUGA